GUGUUUUUGACUUAAGCAAGCAAUAAGCAGGUUAUAUUUACAAAAAUAACUUUAAAUAAGAUUUUAAAAUGGACAUAAGCAAUGACUUGCCUAGCUGUGUGCAAGCUAGGUUUAAAUCAGAUACUGGAGAAGAAACAGGCAGCCCAUUGGAUUUACCUUUAACCAUAAAUAAAGAUCAACUUACACUUAUUUGCAAUGCAUUGCUAAAAGAGGAAGAUAAACAAUUUCUAUUUUUCGUCAAAGAUACUGAAAUAACAUCAACAUUACACGAAGCCUUGGAUCUUACUAAAUUAAACUCUGAAGAAGUUGUAGAUAUUAUAUAUCAACAACAAGCAGUAUUUAAAGUUCGACCAGUAACACGUUGUACAAGUUCUAUACCUGGACAUGCAGAGGCAGUUAUAUCAACGUGUUUUAGUCCAUCAGGCAAUAAUUUAGCCAGUGGUUCUGGUGACACUACAGUUAGAUUUUGGGAUUUAAAUACACAAACUCCACUACAUGUAUGCAAAGGUCAUACCAACUGGGUACUCUGCAUAAGUUGGUCACCAGAUGGCUCCAAGCUUGCAUCAGCUUGUAAACAAGGUAGAAUUAUGCUGUGGGACCCAAUAACAGGUAAUCAAAUUGGGAAGACUAUGAUGGGACAUAAACAAUGGGUUACAGCACUAACUUGGGAACCUUAUAUUAGAAACCCAGAAUGUCGUAAAUUGGCAAGUUCAUCAAAAGAUGGUGAUGUUAGGAUAUGGGACACUGUAACUGGACACACAGUUUUAAGUCUGACAGGACAUUCCAAAGCAGUAACAUGUGUAAAAUGGGGAGGGACAGGCCUCAUUUAUACAUCAUCUCAAGACAGAACUAUUAAGGUCUGGAGAGCUGAUGAUGGUAUACUAUGUAGAACUUUAGAAGGUCAUGCCCACUGGGUAAACACACUAGCUCUGAGUACAGAUUAUGUUCUUCGAACGGGUCCUUUUCAUCCUAUUCUAGAUAGAUUAGAUUCUACGAAUGAUAGGACCAUUUUACAACAACGUGCAUUACAAAGGUAUGAAGAAACAUGUCAUAAAGGUGAAGAGAGGCUUGUGUCUGGCUCUGAUGAUUUUACACUGUUCCUGUGGCUACCUGAAAAAGAGAAAAGACCUUUGGCUAGAAUGACUGGCCAUCAGCAGCUCAUUAAUGAUGUUAAAUUUUCUCCAGAUACGAGAAUUAUUGCUUCAGCAUCGUUUGAUAAAUCUGUUAAAUUAUGGGAAUCAACAACUGGCAAAUUUAUAACAACUUUAAGAGGACAUGUGCAAGCCGUAUACAUGGUUGCAUGGUCUGCAGAUUCUAGACUUUUGUUAAGUUCCAGUGCAGAUUCAACAUUGAAAGUUUGGAAUUUGAAAACUAAAAAACUAGAAUUAGAUUUACCAGGCCAUGCUGAUGAAGUAUAUGCAGUAGAUUGGUCUCCAGAUGGAUCAUAUGUUGCUUCAGGAGGAAAAGAUAAAGUAUUAAAGUUGUGGCAACACUGAGGAAAUAAGAACCAA